AUGGAGACCACAGGAUCGUGUAGCUGUCGUAUGUCACCAAUUGCGUUGUGUAAUACCGGAUACUUGACCUUUGUAGAUGGCUUUUUGGUGAAACCUGAAUCCAGCAUGCUGUUUCUUUCAGGCGUUGCUGACAUAUUUGGGAGACGAUUCGGGCAUGUGAAGCUCCCUCACAACCGUAAACAGUCUAUCUGGUUCAUGUGCUACUUCAACAUUUUUGGGUUUGUUGAGAAGAGCUGGACCAUGGUCGCUGCCUUGGGUAUCAUAUCCCUGGUUGCAGCAGUUGUGGAGUCACUCCCGAUCAGCACACGUCUUGAUGACAAUCUGACGGUUCCUGUUGCAUCAGUGCUAUUUGGCGCCCUGGUCUUCUAUUCCAUCGGAGCCAGGAACCUGUGCUGCAUGAGCAGCGAAAACAGGAGAAGUAUUGCAGCAACCGUUGGGAUGGUGUUUGCAGGCAGCAGCAGCAGCAGCAGCUGA